GAGAGGGCGCCUUCCCCGCCCGGGAUGUGAGGACCGAGCGGAGCCCGGGGCGGGGGGAGGGAAGGGAAGGGAGGCGAAGCCGGCAGGAAGGAAGGAAGGACGGACGGACCAGGAGGAGGAGCGGCGGCGGCGGCCGGAGCCGGAAGGCGGGGAGGGGCCGUCCGUUGGGCCCGAGGCGGCGGCGGCGGCGGCGGCAGCGGCUGGGGCGAACCGCUCUUGUCGCCUCUCGGGACAGGAGCGGCGGGGCCCGCGCCUCCUCCCCCCCGGCGCCGCGGAGGGGGGAGGAGGAAGAUGGAGACCCACAUCUCGUGCUUGUUCCCCGAGCUGCUGGCCAUGAUCUUCGGCUACCUGGACGUCCGGGAUAAGGGGCGCGCGGCGCAGGUGUGCACGGCCUGGCGGGACGCCGCCUACCACAAGUCGGUGUGGCGGGGGGUGGAGGCCAAGCUGCACCUGCGCCGGGCCAACCCGUCGCUGUUCCCCAGCCUGCAGGCCCGGGGUAUCCGCCGUGUGCAGAUCCUGAGCCUCCGCCGCAGCCUCAGCUACGUGAUCCAGGGCAUGGCCAACAUCGAGAGUCUCAACCUAAGCGGCUGCUACAACCUCACUGACAACGGGCUGGGCCACGCGUUUGUGCAGGAGAUCGGCUCCCUGCGUGCCCUCAACCUGAGCCUCUGCAAGCAGAUCACCGACAGCAGCCUGGGCCGCAUAGCCCAGUACCUCAAGGGCUUGGAGGUGCUGGAGCUGGGGGGUUGCAGCAACAUCACCAACACCGGCCUUCUGCUCAUCGCCUGGGGCCUGCAGCGCCUCAAGAGCCUUAAUCUCCGCAGCUGCCGCCACCUCUCGGACGUGGGCAUCGGGCACCUGGCCGGCAUGACGCGCAGCGCUGCCGAGGGCUGCCUGGGCCUGGAGCAGCUCACGCUGCAGGACUGCCAGAAGCUCACCGACCUUUCUCUAAAGCACAUCUCCCGGGGGCUGACGGGCCUGAGGCUUCUCAACCUCAGCUUCUGCGGGGGCAUCUCGGACGCGGGCCUCCUGCACCUGUCGCACAUGGGCAGCCUCCGCAGCCUUAACCUGCGCUCCUGCGAUAACAUCAGCGACACGGGCAUCAUGCAUCUGGCUAUGGGCAGCCUGCGCCUCUCAGGGCUGGAUGUGUCCUUCUGUGACAAGGUGGGGGACCAGAGCCUGGCUUACAUAGCCCAGGGCUUGGACGGCCUCAAGUCCCUGUCCCUCUGCUCCUGCCACAUCAGCGAUGAUGGCAUCAACCGCAUGGUGCGGCAGAUGCACGGGCUGCGCACGCUCAACAUCGGACAGUGUGUGCGCAUCACAGACAAGGGCCUAGAGCUGAUCGCGGAGCACCUGAGCCAGCUCACCGGCAUAGACCUGUAUGGCUGUACCCGGAUCACCAAGCGCGGCCUGGAGCGCAUCACGCAGCUGCCCUGCCUCAAGGUACUCAACCUGGGACUCUGGCAGAUGACGGACAGUGAGAAGGUCAGGUGAGGGCGGCGGCACCUGCUCCCCCUGUCCCGCCCUGUUUAUCCUCGGGUCACCACCACGCCCCCGCCCCCCUCACUCGACAUGCACACUUACACAGAGAUCAUUGCAGCGGAUGAGAUGGGGGCAGGGACACGAAGCCUCAGGCUCAUUUUCUCCCUCCUCCGGCACCUCGGCCCACUACACGCCCAUUCCCAUUGCAUCUGGGGUUCCUCUGCUACCCCUAUCUUCCUCCCCUCUUGUUUCCCCUGACGAUGAAGGGACGGAUUCAGCUACUUACCCACCCACUCCUCUCUGCAGGGGGAUGGAGGACUGUUUGAGCUACUGUAUCCCCACUGCUUUGCAUUUGGAAACGGGGGAGGGGGUGGGGAGUGACUAGUCCUUAAGACCCUGGGGAGUUGAGGAAAAUGUCUGCCUUCACUUAAGCUUUCAUUUGAAUACUGUGAUCUGGUUUUUAUUUUGAAAUGUAUAAAGAGCAAACCCAACUACCACGGCCUUUUCACCCUUCUUCCUUCCACUUUGUAACUAAUCCCAGGCUCUUCUCAUCACUUCUACAGUACUCUGCUAUUCACGCUCAUUUCCUCUUAAUUGUCUUUCUUUUUCGUGUUUUUGUUUUUUGAAGAAAUUUGAAAUCACUGUCCUUUUUUUUCUGCUGAAUAUAGUCUAUAUAUUAUAUAUAUAUAAAUUAUAUAUAUAUAUAUACAUAUAUAUAUAUGUCUGGCUACCUCGUUUUAGUUUACUUUUUUCUCUGAAGCCCUGGAAUUCUACAAGAGAGAUAUUUUGAGAAUGAAACAUUUUUGUGCCUAGACUGGAAAGAUGCCCAUUGGGUUUGUACGUCUUUUUUGUUUUGGCUUCUUCCCAAACCCCAUCCAUCCAAUGUAUCCCGCUUCCACAUUCUGGCUAUCGUUUUUUCUCCCUGCCCAUUGGGAUUUUGAGGGCCCAACGGUGUUCAUAAAUCUUGACUUAAUUUAUAGCACAAAUGUGUGGAAGAAAUGAGAGUCAAACUUUUGUUUGUUUGUUCGUUUGAGAUGCAGAUUGUGUCUUGAAAAUGAUUAUUAUAUAUGCAAAUUCUGCCCUACCCUCACCCUCUUCCAAGUUUCCCCACAAAAAGGUCACACGAUGAGGCUUCCUGUUGGAAGCGGAGGAGCAGAGUUGGCCUGCGGAGCCCCUGGGGCUCUAACGUGAAGGGGAGGAGACUGAAACUCAUGUCUUAUCUCUGUUAAUAAAACGGGAGUUCGUGGGUUUUACAACAAUCUGUUUCUAAAUGGAGGAAUAGAUGACUUUCUUUAUUUUGGUGGGGGUUGGGACUUGUGGCUUUAAAAAAAAAAUCGCUUUUGAGUAGGAUGUAUAUUUUUGUUGGGAGUUUUUGUUCGUUUGUUUAUUUUUUUAGAAUCCUCCACAGCAACAUGCGAGACCAUGGAGUUAAAGAAACCCAGAGACCUUUAUCAAUUAAUUGUACUGUUUGUGAAUUUGUAUAAAUAAUAACAAAGAUCCUCUUAAAACGUUUAUAUUCUUACAGUAAAAGGUUAAACUGAUAUUUAUAUAAUAAAAGAGGAAAUAUGAAGUAUGUUUUGGAAAAAAAAAACAAAACAAAAACAAAAAACCUUGUAUCUGUGAAUUAUUUUGAAGGCAGUGUGUGUUUGGGUACUUGCCAAAGUAGGAGGUGCUGUCUGUACUCUAGGAGGAAAUAAGGUAGAGUUCAGUGCAUCCUAUGUGCUGUGAGUAAGCUCAUGGUUACAAAUUUAUUCUGUAUAAGGUUUACUACUGACCUCUAAAUGUUUUGUUGCUAGAAAUGUGACUGGACUGGAGAUUUAUAUAAUUUUCGGCUUUAAACUGUCAACAACAUGGAAAUUGAAAGAAACGGAAGAAAAUGGAACUUAAAAAAAAAAAAAAACACCAAAAAACUCGAUCUGUUAAGAGUCACAAUUUCCCUAGGGUGGAAAUGAGAUCCAGGGGUCCUGUUGAAAAAUGGGUCCAGAGAUGUGGAAGUGGGGAAGAAAGGACGGGUUUCUUUCCACUCUGAGUGGGUGUGGGGAGGAUGUGAAGGGUGGAGGGAACUGAAGCCAUUGUUCAGAAAAGUUAAAAGAGCGCUGUCCUUGCCUGCCCGCUCACUUGCUCAGUCAUGCAUGCUGAAUCUCACAGUGUGAGUGAGGGUCCUGGUGGAGAGGAGGAAGGCAGUUCAGCCCCUCUUUUUAACAUUCUCCUCCAGGCCCCGCUGCAUUUAAGCACUUUCCUGGGGGAUGGGGAGGUUGGCCAGGAGUUCUUGCACAUUUGCAUUUUAAGCACUCACAGCGCCGAAGCUCGCCACUCAGAUCCACUGUGGUGAGGGCUCUUAGGCUGAAUUCGGGGCGGAGAAAUGAAUACCAACAAUUCUAGCAAAGGGUUCCCUCUGGUAGACAAUAACUAAAUAAUCAACACCCCUGUGACCAGGCUGCGGAAGUGGCAGGGCAUAAAUACUCCAACAGUGGAGUAAUUCACAUUCCUCGUUUCACAGAGUUCUUUCUUAGCUGUUUCUGAGAUUAUUUUUAAACAAACAAAUACAGAUCCCAGCAAGGACUAAUAAGAGCGGUAUAAAACUUGCCUGCAAAGACAUCUCUUUCCAGGAAGAGAGCUAGAACCCACGUUUCUCUCGGGGUGAGAUUGUUUUGUAAAAUUUCCAAGCUUUCUGCUUGAGCAUAUCACAAAAGCGGCAUUGUUCCUUUUUGGAGAGCCAUCACAAUUGGGUCUAAUUGAGCCUGACACUAGAUCCAUCUUCCUUUUCUUUGGGGAAGGUGUGGAUCUCUUUCUUCCCUCUUAGGUUACAGUGCUUACUGCCUGAAAAAAAAAAAUGUGAACCCUAGUAAGAAGUCGGGACCUGGAAUUAGGGUCAGCUUUCUAAUUUAGCAUUUGGCACUAUACCGCAUUAAGCUUCCACAAGCUGUGAGUUCUCGGACUGUUUUUCUUCCUCCAAAAGACUGCAUGACUAUGGAUUCGGUCAAUAAAAAUUUGAGCACCUCCUAAGUCUUCGACUCUGUGCUCACAUUCUUCAUUUUAAUACACAAAAUAAUCCUACCAACUACCGGGAAGGCUUUAACACUUUCCUAUUUGGUUGUUUUUUGUUUUGUUUUUGUUUUUGUUUUUACUUGAAAGGCUGAGAAAAGUUUGACUAAAGGUCGGUAAAUUAAUGUUUGAAAGUGAAGAUCACGGGCCUACUGUCCUCAGCCUAAACUGGGUAUACUUAAGAAUAUAUCUGGAGUGUCUCUGGAAAUGAUGAAUAAACCAUUUACUUUCAUCAGCCAA